AUGCCCAUCUCUUUCUCUCAUGCACCUAUCUUCCUCCUCUUUUCAACAACUUUCUGUGUUCUUCUCAUUGUCCCUCCAUUCACUACCUCUCCUCUUUCUGACUUGAAUCACCCUAACAAAAUCUAUUUCCUCAAGCCUUGUAUUUUGGGCUACCAUCUUCCUGUAUCUACAGCUUGCCUUGGAUUCGACAGAUGUCAAGCAGGAGGGCUCGAUCACGGCAGUCGACGAGCUCGUCGAGGAUCACAGAUGAACAGAUUAAUGACCUGGUGUCUAAGUUGCAAGCUGUUCUCCCCGAGGCCCGCAUCCGUGGCGCCGAGAGAGUAUCAGCAGCUAGGGUGCUGCAGGAGACCUGCAACUACAUCCGAAGCUUACACCGGGAGGUGGAUGACUUGAGCGAACGGCUCUCAGAAUUGCUCGCCACCACGGAAGCCAGUAGCGCUCAGGCUGCCAUCAUUAGGAGCUUGCUCAAGUGAUCCAUUCAUACAUCCAGUUUAGGCUGAUCAUUUGCUCGAGUCCAAAGCUAGUGUUCUUUGGAGACGAAGAAAUAAAGAAAGACUGCAAUCCAGUUCUCCAUCUUUCAUGAACUCACGAGUUAAUUUUUGCUAGAAAUAUUCGAUCCAUAUCUGAUCCAUUUGUUGUCUUCAAUGUCUUUCUUAAAAUGGUUUACUUGU